UGUUAAAUCAGAAAUUAUUUAAAAUGAAUACUAAAAAUUGACAAUGGAUUUUGAAAGUCAAGAUAAAGAACUUUCAAGACGGAAUGGUUUUAAUAUUCACCCAAAUAAUGUCACUUGGAAAACUGGUCUUAUAUACGAUCAAAAAAUGUGUGAAUAUUUCAACUUAGAAGAUAAAAAUCAUGUUGAAAGACCUGCAAGAAUAUCAAGUAUUUACAAUGCACUUAAUAAAAAUGGUUUGACAUGUAGGUGUCAAAUUUUAAAGUCCAGGUUUGCAUCUCAUGAUGAAAUAUUAUUAAAGCACAAUGAACAUCAUCUAAAAGUGAUAGAAUCUCUUUCUACCAAAACUGACGAAGAAUUAGGCAAGAUGAGUUGUGAUUAUGAUUCUAUAUAUUUCCACCCUAACAGUUCAGAGAGUUCUUUUCUUUCAGUUGGUUGUACAUUAGAAGUUGUUGAACAGGUAUUAAAAAAAAAUAUUUUAAAUGGUGUUGCAAUUGUAAGGCCACCUGGGCAUCACGCUCUUACACACUGUUCUAUGGGAUUUUGUCAUUUUAAUAAUGUUGCUAUAGCAGCAGAAUAUGCUGUAAAAAAGUAUGGUUUAAAGCGUGUUUUAAUUGUUGAUUGGGACAUUCAUUUUGGCAAUGGAAUUCAUAAAAUGUUUGAAAAUGAUAAUUAUGUUCUAUACUUCUCUAUGCACAGGUAUGACAAUCAACGUUUUUGGCCUUGUUUAGCUGAAGGAAAUUAUAAUUCAAUAGGUAAGGGUGAUGGUGAAGGUUUUAAUGUUAAUGUUGCAUGGAACAAAUCAGGAAUGAAUGAUGCUGAUUACAUACUUGCGUUUAAACAUGUUUUAUUACCAAUAGCAAAGGAAUAUAAUCCCGAAUUAGUUCUUGUAUCUGCUGGAUUUGAUUCAGGUAAAGGAGAUCCAUUAGGAAAUUGCAAAGUUACACCUGCCGGUUAUGCUCAAAUGACAAAAGAACUAAUGUCUUUAGCUGAUGGUAAAGUUGUUAUUGUACUUGAAGGUGGUUAUAACUUGAAAACAUUAGCCUCCUCUAUGUCUUCUUGCCUUGCUACCCUUUUAGGUGAUCCUAUUAAUGUGGUAAUAAAUUCUAACAAAUCUAGUUUAAGUGCAAAGCAAUCUGUGGCAAAAACAUUAUUUGCAAUUCAAAAGUAUUGGAAAUCGUUAAAUAUUAUUGACCAAAUGUUCUUUGAUGUUUUAAAACUGGAGAAUGUGGAGCAGAGUAGUUCGUUAAGUACAUCUUCAGAUGAAGAUAUUGAUCUUGUUAUGGAUGGUUUAACACAAAUAUCAGUUGCUCAGAAUUAAUGCUAUUAUUUAAUUUAUAAUUUUUUUUUUGUUUAGAAACAGAUAUUUUAAAAGUAUGACAUUUUAUUUCCAUGCAAAAAUUUACUUCAAAUACUAAGUAUUUUUACUUAUUAAUUCAUUUGUAUUUAAUAUCUUAACUGCUUUUAUUUGAAAUUAUGUUUGUCCUUUUAUAUUAACUAUGUUAUGUUUAUAUUUUGAUUUUUUUUUAAUGUAAAGAAAAAUUUAUAUACAUAAAA